UGGUUUUCGGUCGGCACUUGGAGAGGGAGGCCCAUGUGGUGUGUUAAUGAGCGGGCCACAAACUUUAGCACUUCGCAAAGCUUUCACUUAGUCAUCUCGGCACCUGAAUGUUCGUGAAGCCCGUUUUUCUACGAUGUUGUUAGAAGCGCUGGACGGCGAUGAGACGCUGGUGUUUGCAGCCGCUGCCGCCUCUGUGCAGAUCCAGGUGGAGCCUGUGGGCCGAUGGUUCGAAGCCUACGUGAAAAGAAGGAACAGGAAUGCAUCUGCCUCCUUCCAGGAGCUGGAGGAGGAAGAGGAGUCUUCUGAGGAGGAGGAGGAUGAGGAGUUCCAGCUGGAGGAGUACCCGAUGCUCCGCACACUCGACCCCAAAGACUGGAAGGUACCGCUCGAGAUCAGAGUAUUAGUCAUAGGAAGAGAAGCUUCCUGUAUAGAGCUGACCUCAUCAGCAACCAUUAGUUGA